AGAAGGAGCAGCAUCACUUAAUUGGGCGUCGAUCAACUCCUGAGGAUUUAGCUGAAAUCAUGCAAGCACCAAAGAGGACUUAAGAAAAGUCUUCCACAGAGAUCAGCAGACGGUGAAGCUCCAGAACAGCCUAGCUUCAGCAUGUUUAGAGCUGUGUUUGGAAACAAGAAAGAGGGAAAAGGCAAGACUGGAGGAAAGAAGAACCAGAGAUACCCAGGUGGGGAGGUGUACACUCCCAGCACCUUGCAGAGGGGUGGGGAUGGGCGACCCUCACACUUCCAAGACCAAGACUACAAAGAAAGUCCAUCAAAACUGUCGAGACUGACCAAAGGCGUGUCCAUUUCCUUGCCAUCGUCACCUCUUCUUCCUCGUCAGGCCGACAUAGUUCCAUCUCAUUCCUGCAUCAGAUUCCCAGGACGGGUAAGGAGGCAGGAGUAUGUGGAUAGCUCUUCCAAUGCGAGAGAACCUCUUGUCUUUGCCUCGUGCCGUGGCAAGACAGACCACAGAGACCUCCACGUGGAGCCCCAGCUGGGCUCCUCCCUUUCUACCCAGGAACUGAUGACCAGACUAUGCUUCUUAUUGGGAGAAGCAACGCCCGGCACUGCUAGCUCUCCUAUGGAGGACAGGAGGGAAAAGAAGUGUGACACCUCUGCACAGGGGGGGAGUCCAAGCUCCACUCUGACCUGCAGUACUGCCUCUCCCUGUUCAGAGAGCCCUUCGUCCACUCUAAGCACCAGUGCUGGAGGGCAGUCUUUGCCCCUGCCUUUACCCUUGCCUUCACCUCACUGCAGCUCCACCCCGAGCCCCAGUGGGACCCUCACUAGCCCUGUUCCUAACCCUGCGCCUUCGUCUCUUGUUCCUAUCUCUGGGAACAACCCUGGACCCACUUCUCAAAGUCCCACCUCCACUCUGGAGAGCAAAGACAGUGGAAUCAUAGCAACUAUCACGAGUUCUUCUGAAAAUGAGGAGCGCAGCGCCUCCAGUGCUGAUCUGACUAAGGAUGAAGGCCCAGGGGGUGGUGCAGUUGUAAUGGGCCAUGCAAGCGAGGACCGUCAUCCUGGGCCAACCAGGGACACUCUGACUGCCCAACCAGAUGAGGCCUUACCUAGAACUGACAUCAUGGAGCCCAGGACUCCACCCGCACCCAAGAGACCCCUACCACAACAUGUACACAGCACUUCCUCCCUCGUCAUGCCUCGUCCAAACUCUGUGGCAGCAACCAGUUCCACCAGACUGGAGGAUUUGACUUAUCUAGACAACCAAAGGGCUGCUGGACAUAGGAGCUCUGUCCGCAAACACAACACAGCUGGACGCACAAGUGAUGACUCCAAAGGGAGGUUGGUUCCAUUCAAACAAGCUGACAUCAUGUUAAAGCCGCUGUUGUUUGAAGUCCCUGGCAUCACGGCGGACACACCCUUUGUGGGACGGGAUUGGCUCUUCAUACGUCUGGAGGAGGUCCUGAGAAAAACAAGUAGCUGUGAGGGACGAGGAGCUGUCAUCGUGGGGAACGCAGGAUCUGGAAAAACUGCUAUCAUCUGGCAGCUGCUGACACUCAGCUGUCAUGGCAUCCGCACACCACAGGGAGGGACCAGCAUCCCUCACAGUCCCAGCUCCUCCCCCAAAUGUGGGGAUCGACAAGGAAAAGCAGCCUCCAAACAGCCAACCGAUUCCCAGUCCAACCAGAACGCUGCUGCAGGAACAAGUGAAAGUACAGCGCAGAGGAAGGAGGCUGUCAGAUGCCUAGCUGCCAAGGUGGUUGCCUAUCAUUUCUGUCAAGCUGACAACACAUACACUUGCCUGGUGCCGGAGUUUGUUCACAGUGUUGCCGCCCUGCUGGCCAGAGCGCCACAGCUCACCCCCUACAGGGAGCUGCUGGUCCAAGAGCCUCACCUACAGAAUGCGCUGAGUCUGCGUUCCUGUGUCCAAGACCCCAUCGCUGCUUUCAGGAAGGGUGUCCUGGAGCCCCUCGCCAGUCUGCGCAAGGAACGAAGAUUACCUGAAGAGGACUAUAUCAUUUUAAUUGACAGUCUUAAUGAAGCAGAAUUUCAUAAACCAGACUAUGGUGACACCAUUGCAACCUUCAUCACCAAAAUAAUCUCCAAGUUUCCUCUCUGGCUCAAGUUGGUGGUCACUGUCAGGACAGGGCUGGUGGAAAUCACCACCCUCCUGCCCUUCUCUGGCAUUUCUCUGGACAUCUUGCCAGACAGCAGUGAUCUGGGAGCUGACCUGAGUGAUUACAUCCAUCACCGGGUCAGCAGCAGCACUCAUGUCGCCGCUAACGUCACCACACCGACGGGCUCCGCCCCCGAUCCGCUGCUCCUCAGCAAAUUCAGCAGCCACCUGUCAACACGGAGUCACGGCUCCAUCCUCUACCUGCAGCUGACCUUGGAUCUAUUCCAUAAGGGCCACCUGGCUCUGAAAGGAGGAAACUACCUGGUGGUCCCCGUCUCCCUGUCAGAGGUGUACCUGCUGAUGUGUCGUGUGAGCUUUCCGGAUAAAGAGGUCUUUGAACGGGUGCUUCCGGUGCUAAAUGUGGCACUGGCGUCUCUGCACCCACUGACUGAUGAACAAAUGUUCAGGGCGCUGAAUGCAGGCAGUGUGAGGGGGGAGCUGGAGUGGAAGGACUUCCAGCAGAGAUUAGACAGUCUGGCUGGAUUCAUGGUGAGACGCAGGGAUGGCACCAGAAUGCUGUGUCAUCCAUCCUUCAGAGAGUGGCUUGUUUGGAGAGCAGACGGAGAGAGCACUGACUUUCUCUGUGACCCAAGGAGUGGCCAUGCUCUGCUUGCCUUCAUGUUCUCCAGACAGGAGGGCAAGUUAAACCGACAGCAGACAAUGGAACUGGGACAUCACAUCCUCAAGGCUCAUAUAUUCAAGGGUCUGAGUAAAAAGACAGGGGUGUCCUCCAGCGUUCUUCAGGCCAUGUGGGUAAACUGCAGCACAGACAGUCUGUCGGCUGCCCUGGCCUCCCUGAGGAACCUCUACACACCGAACAUCAAGGUGAGCCGUCUGUUGAUGUUAGGGGGGGCGAGUGUGACCUGGUGUACGGAGGUGGUAGGUCGUGCCCCCAUCCUAGCUGUCCACGCCCACUUGGGACAUGUAGAGAUGGUAGCUCUGCUUCUUGAGAUGGGGGCACCUGUAGAUGGAACCACAGACAGCGGCAUGACACCACUCUGCCUGGCCGCUGCUGCAGGACACACGGACAUCGUCAGCCUGCUCUGCAAGAAAGGAGCUAAGGUGGGCCAUGCUGAUAAGAAUGGCCAGUGUGCACUCGUGCAUGCCGGGUUAAAGGGCCACACAGAAAUCAUCAACAUCUUGCUGGGCCAGGACUGGGGAUCAGAGAACCCAGCUGACCCACAACAGCCGCACGGCAAUGAGAAUGUGACCGGGAAGACACAGGCGGCCCAGCAGGCGGUCACAGCUGCCGCUAGUGUGGGACACACACAGGUUGUGAAGAGCUUGCUGGACUUGAAAGAUGAACAGCUGGCUGUGCAGAUGGACUCUCACGACUCUCUCUGGGGAGAAACGGUGCUGAGCGCGGCGGCAGGGAGAGGGAGGACUGAGAUGGUCGUGUUCCUUCUGGAGCGAGGGGCGGGGCUAGAAAUACCCAACCGCAGAGGGAUGGUGCCACUGCUCAGCGCCAGCAAACAUGGACACACACAGAUUGUAGAGUUACUGCUUAAACACGGUACAGACAUCAACGUCACUGACAAACAGGGUCGCACUCCGCUGAUGCUGGCUGCCUCCGAGGGCCACACGAGUACUGUGGACCUGCUGCUGUCCAAGGGAGCUUCUCUGUCCAGCACUGAUCAGGACAGUCUCACUGCGCUCAGCUGGGCUUGUCUGAAAGGCCAGAAAGGCACGGUGCAGCUUCUGGUGGAGGCGGGCGCCGACCUGAACCAACCUGACAGACAGGGCCGGACUCCCCUGGACCUUGCUGCCCUCAAUGGAGACGCAGAUAUAGUGCAUUGCUUGGUGGAUCACGGAGCUGUGUUGGAAAGAGCUGAAAACAGUGGAAACAGAGGCUCAGAACGGACGCCCGGCUGCCAGAACCCGGCCCUGGUGGCUUCGCUACUGAAGAAAGGAUCUAAAAUGGGGUACAGAACAGCUCCACAUGAUCGAUCAGGUCACGCUACAUGGGCCAUGGCUUCCUCUAAACCAGACAUCCUCCUUAUCCUGCUGCAGAAGCUGAUGGAGGAAGGGAACAUGCUUUAUAAGAAAGGACGCAUGAAAGAGGCAGGUCAGCGUUACCAGUAUGCCCUCAGAAAGCUGCCUCGUGAGGGCCAAGGAGAGGAGCUGAAAGGGCUCAAAGACUUGCGGGUUUCCCUCUAUCUCAACCUUUCCCGCUGCCGCAGGAAAUCCAAUGACUUUGGCAUAGCUGAGGAGUUUGCAACAAAAGCCCUGGAGCUCAAACCCAGGUCUUAUGAAGCAUAUUACGCCAGAGCACGGGCCAAGAGGAGCAGCAGGCAGUUUGCUGCAGCGCUGGCAGACCUCCAUGAAGCAGCGCGACUCUGCCCCUCGAACCGGGAGAUCCGCCGCCUACUGGCACGGGUAGAGGAGGAAUGCAAACAUUAUCAGAAGGCAGCGAGUAACAACAACACUGUACCGGGUUACAACAGGGACCCUCACGCCCACCACCAUCAGACCCCAGAGGACGAGGCAGACGUUUAUUCACAGGGAAGUCUAGAGAGGCAGAUCCCUGCAGAACAGACCGACACCGAGAAGGAAGAAGACAAGGAUGAAAGUGAGGAGGUGAUGUUGCAGUGUGGAAAAAGCCCUGAAUUUUGGCCCCUGAAUCCUUACGCACCAAACAGGACUCUCCCUGGCGGCGGCGCUUUUGGUCUGACAGAUCAGACACCUUGUUUGCCCUCAGAGGAGUUUGUUCACAACCCCCUGUUUGUAGACAUGCCUGAGCCUGUCCCUGCAAUCAGCAGGCAGACACAAAACCAAGGCAGCAGGACUCAUAUCCACUGCCACUCCCUCCAGUCAGGGAGCAGAGUGGGGGGCAGACCUCUGUCUCUGUGUGGCCCCUCCAGCCCUCUGCCAGGCAGACACAUCUCCACCUCUUUGAGGCCCGCUCCGGUGAUGGGUAUCGACAUCGGCCCCGGAUCGAUCAGCGAACACUCCGGACACAGCCCCACAGAGCACUUUCACCCCAUGUCCCCCAGCAGCUCCUCCCCACCGGGCCCCAUCCACAUGUACCACCCCCGCUCCUCCAGCUUCUCCAGGGCCUCGGACAGGCUCUCCACCCAUUCUGUGGCUCUGGAUGGUCUGGCUCUGGCUCUGGGUUCUGGUAUGGAGGUUAGGAGGGAGGGUGGUGGAGGCACAGCAGGUUCCAGAGGCUCCAGCUCCAGUCAGGCCUCCAGUGGGAACCUGUCUGAUGGAGGCAGGCAGCAGAUGCCCGAGGCACCGUGUGCCAUCAAGAGCAGCGGUAGCUUCAAGGCAAAACCUGAACUAAAGCCCCGACCCUUCAUGGGAGUCAUGGACAAAUCAGUGAGAGUCCAGGGCCAGCAGACAUCUGGAUUAAGCCGACAGGGAGGAGGGGAGAGUUUCAGUAUGUCGGUCAUGGAGUUCCAAGGGUUGAACAAUGAGUUCAAACGCGCCUCUUUUCAGGAGCAGACCAACAGCCAGCAGCAGGGCCGGGAGCUUGGGGAGAGGCUCCACCAGCGAGAGACCAGAGCCUCCUCUUCCUCCUCCUCCUCCUCCUCCCAGCUCCGCUUCCCCGAUGGAAGGCACAGACAGGCAAGCCUGACCAGAGACAACCCGGCCCUGCAUAUGGCUCCAAUCAAACCCAAACGAUCAUUUAUAGAGUCCAAUGUCUGAAUAUAGUUGAUCAAAGCACAGAUAGAGGCUGUUUUCAACAAACUAUGACCCACAUAAGGUAGCAAGGGAGACUGGUUUGAGCCUGUUUGUAGAGUUAUGCUGCUGCACUGCAUUUACAAUCUAGAACCGGUGUUCAACUCAGGCUACUAUGCUUUGCUUUCAUGUCUACAGCUACACUAGUAUAUUAAAAAAAACCCAGACAUACCUUAAGUAGGAAUUAAAAAAACAUAACAGUAUAUUGUCUCAACCUUUGAUUUAUUAUAUCAAAUGUAGAAGUCAGAGAAAGCUUUGUGCACGAAUAUACAAAACCUCAUGCUAUUAGUUGCAGAAUAUGACCAUUUCUAUCGUCAAGUGUCUUUUAAAAUACAUUUAUAUUUGUACGGUGUACACUAUAUUUGCAGAUUAUAUAUAUAUAUAAAUAUAAAUAUAUUUCCCUGUAAGUGGUUAUCUGUCAGCAUUACAGGCUUCAAAAGAAAUGACUUUGUGUACUUGAGAUUCUUUUUCUUGGUACAUUUGAUAAACAAGCACUGUACAUGACAUUGUUGGAAACUUCUUAGCAAAAUUCUAAUAUUGAAUUGAGUGCUUCAAUAUUCACAGUAUAUGUUAUUUAUUUUUGCAUAGCAGAGAACAUAUUCAUAUGGAGUGUUUAUUGUUUAUUUGGACACAGAGAGCAUUUACACAAGCAACAAUAACAAUGAAUAAAAAAAACAUUAAGAGACUUUUACUUCAUAUAACCUUUUCAGAGUCGUACUAUGGAUUACAGAAUGCUACCACAUAUAUUAUUGUGGUAUAAUAAAAUAUUAAUGGAGGACUACAUUUCGACAUGUACUUCUUUCAGAGUGUAAUUGAUAAAAUGUUGUCUUAGUUUAACAGUAAGCACAGAUGCAUGAAAAGUGACAGCACAACCUCACAUCUCCAGACAUUAAACUGUGGUAACAAAAUAAAAGACAUUUAUAUUACAAUUAUAUGUGAACUUUUAAAGUUCUGAACAUUGCUAAAAUAUAGAUUUUGAAGACAAAAGAUGUUUAUACAGUGACUUAAACCCUUAACUACUUUGGCUGGCAAGUUGUAUUCCCUUAUAUUUGUAAGACUCAGUCACAAACUGGGCCAUGAAAUGAUAAAGAAUUGAAAUUAAAAUUUGCCGUUAAAAUUUUAUAUCACACUAACCAUUAUAGCAGAUAUACAUUUUUUUAAGUUUAUUUUGACUAAAUUAAAAGU